CGUCAUCAAAAAUCAUUCUGGGUUUGCCUAUCUGAGCAUGGUACAGGUCAACAGCCACAACGUCCUUAUACCAAAAGCCCGAGACAGAGGAGCACAAUUUCGGCAAUCUCGUGUGAACGCCCAGACGGCUAUUCCAUUCUCGUCAACUAUGGGCUUUGUUUUAUGACAAGUUCAUCCUCCGGUUAGAGCAUCCAGACAGGGGCGGCGAAGACGAUGAAGCCGAGGAAGGGGGCGACGAACAUUCCGGCUCAAAUUCCAGAUGCCGCAUAAGACCGACGACCGUGAAUCGGCCUUUGUCGACUUCCUCCCCGUAGUCAUCCGGCAGCACGUCAAACGACAGUUCAGCAACGGCACCCUGAUCGGCGUCAAGCUCACCGAGAACAACACCAUCCUCGGCAACAAGCGCGCAUCGCCCCUCUUCUUCCGCCUCUUCAGCUCCAAGGGCGAGUUCUUUUCUUCGCCACAUGACCCCAUUGUACCGGCUCAUGGUCACAGGCGGGCGCACAUAUGCUCACACUUCGCGGCGGACGGCCCUGGUUCUGGGCACUCUCCCUCCCGAGGCCUAUACAACGGGCGAUGCCAAAGUCGACGCGCUUGUGCAGCAUGAAAUCCCGAGAUGAUGAGAGUAGGGACAGGGCCAGGAUAUUGUGUUCGUUGGGGAGGAGCUAGCUCAAUGUGAAGGGUUUGGAAGCGGUGUUAGAUGCGUUUUUGUUGACAGACGAGGAGCUUGUGAGCUGGGAGAAGGUUGUGAAGGCGAGAUGACGGGAUGGGAGGGAGAGUUGGACUGUUUGACGGAUUUGUUUGAGGAUGGGUUCUGUCGGAACCGCUACGAGGCAAACGAAGGGAAAAAUGGUCAGUGGUCGCAGAGUGUCACGAGGAUGUCAAUUUUGGUUGUUUCUGAUGUUGA